UUCAUGGAAAACAACACAGAAGUGACUGAAUUCAUCCUGCUGGGACUAACCAAUGCCCCAGAGCUGCAGAUCCCCCUCUUCGUCAUGUUCACCUUCAUUUACCUCAUCAAUGUGGUUGGGAACCUGGGGAUGAUGGUGCUGAUUCUCUUGGACUCCCGUCUCCACACCCCCAUGUACUUUUUCCUCAGUAACCUGUCUCUGGUGGACUUUGGUUACUCUACAGCUGUCACUCCCAAGGUCAUGGCUGGAUUACCCAACAGAGACAAGGUCAUCUCCUACAAUGAGUGUGCUCCUCAGAUGUUCUUUUUUGCAGGCUUUGCCACUGUAGAAAACUUACUUUUGGCUUCAAUGGCCUAUGACCACUACACAGCCGUGUGUAAACCUCUACAUUACACCAUAAUGACAACCCAUGUGUGUGUGCAUCUUGCCAUAAGCUCCUACUUUUAUGGUUUCCUGAAUGCCUCCAUCCACAUUCGGGACACGUUCAGUCUCUCAUUCUGCAUGUCCAAUCUGGUCCAUCCCUUUUUCUGUGAUGUUCCAGCUGUCAUGGCUCUCUCUUGCUCUGAUAGACAUGUCAGUGAGCUGGUUCUUGUUGUGGUAGUGAGCUUCAAUAUUCUUUUAGCUCUUCUUAUUAUCUUGAUUUCUUAUCUGUUCAUAUUUGUCACCAUCCUGAAGAUGCGCUCAGCUGAGGGAUAUCAGAAGGCUUUAUCCACCUGUGCUUCCCACCUCACCACAGUCUCCAUCUUCUAUGGGACAGCCAUCUUCAUGUACUCCCAGCCCAGCUCCAGUCAUUCCAUGGACUCAGACAAAAUUGCAUCCGUGUUCUACACUAUGGUCAUUCCCAUGCUGAAUCCCUUAGUGUACAGCCUAAGGAACAAAGAGGUUAAAAAUGCAUUCAAGAAGGUGGUUCAGAAGACAGAAUUAUCUCUAAGCUUUGCCUCUUAA